AUGAGCACAAGACGAAGCAAGAGAAAGAAAGUAGAACAGGAAGUUGUGGUGAAGGAAGAGCCUGAUAUCAAAGUAGAAAUAAAGGAAGAAUUCACAAGUCCAAAGAAAGGCAACGAAAAGGUGCAAUCCGAACCAGAAGAAACUGUCGUAAAGACAGAACCAGAAGAAACUGUCGUGAAGACCGAACCAGCUGAAACGGCAGUGAAAAGCGAACCAUACGCUUCAGAAGAAGACGAAGAUGAGAUGACAGACGCGGAUAGAGUUGUCCUCAAAAUGGUUGACGAAAGGAUGAACUUGUUGCUCGAAAGUUUUUUUUUUGUUUUCUGUUUCUUGCGCUGGUGUCUGGAGAUGACAGAAACUCAGAGUCCAGACGAUAAAUUCCUAAGAGAGGAGCUAGCCUCCAAGAAGCCAGCUACGCUAUCUGGAUUAGCUGGUUGGCUUAAUCUUGGCUCCGCAAUCUUCAAUUUGAUGAAUGCUGUGAUCGGAGCGGGAAUUAUUAGCCUGGGCUACGCUGCGUCCGUUUUGGGAAGUGCUCAAUUUGUCAUUUGGUUACUUUUUGUCGUUGUUAUUUCCUGCUUCACGAUGGACUUAGUUCUCGCUUGCUCUAAGUAUACAGGCUGUUGGGAGGCGAUGCAGGAAGAAAAAAAUCACAAUGAAGUUCUCAUAGAGCCCCGUAAAAUUUGCCCUCGAACGCAUGAAUGCAACCACACUCGCUACUUUUCCUAUGAAACGUUUGCAGAAAAACUAUUCGGAAUAUACGUCGUUUACUUUGUGAACAUCAUCAUGUUUUUCUACCUCUGCAUCGCAAUCACCACCUAUUUUAUAAUAAUGAAGGAUAAUUUACCCGACAUUGUCGAGGGAAUUUUAACUCUGAGAGGAAUACAAAUCGACGAAGCGAAGCACUCUAGCGAAUGGUACUUGAACGGGAAAAUUCUACUUGGCCUAAUGGUCAUUGUCAUCCAAUUACCACUGGCGAUGCUGAGACGGAUCGACUUCUUGGGUUUCACAUCGUUUAUAGGAAUGGCUUGCAUGAUGUCGUUUGUUGGCCUCGUCAUUCAAAAGCAGCCGGAAGCUGCAGCCCUCUGUGGGAACAUUACCUACUCAGAGCCUUAUCCGACGCCUACUUGCGAGACUGAGCUGUUCACUUUCUCCGUCAAUUCCGUUUACGCUAUUCCAAUGAUGCUGUUUUCGUUCAUGUGCCAUGGAAACAUUCUCUCCAUUGUCGCCGAGCUCCGUCCUCUUCCUUCUUGCAAGUCGAUCUUUCCAUCUAUAAAAAGAACUCGCCUCCUCAUUAUUGGUGCCGUUUCUCCAACUACUAUUCUAUAUAUCUUGACAGCUCUCUUUGCAUACGCGUCUUAUUUUAAUAGAACAGAGUCCUUUCUCUUGAAGGAAUAUGGUUACUGGCUGAAUGGAGAUAUAAUGCUUUUAGCGGCUCGUAUAUUAGUUACACUAUGCAUUACAUUUUCGGUUCCGAUUCUUCAUUAUCCCUGCCGCUAUUCUUUCUGGAAGUUAUUGAAUCGCCUUGCCCCUAACACAAUCCCUGUUCCUUACGAUAAUGCGUUUCAAGACACUUGGAACCCUACUUGGUACCGCAUGUUCGCGAUCAUCAUUCAAGGCACGAUUUAUGCACUUGUCUGCAUUACUGAUGACUUCAAAUUGGUCCUCAGCCUUGGUGGCGCAAUCGCAGGUUCCUGCAUCAUCCAGAUUUUUCCCUCGAUGUUCUAUCUCAAGAUUCACGACUGGAACCAUAGAGGAAUUUACAAUAAAUUAGUUUGGCUGAUCUUGGGCCUUGGCUGGGUCACGUUCUUCUUCAACACUUCGCUUAUAAUCAUUCAGAGCAUCGCCGCUAGAAGUGAUGGAGGCGACAACGAUUUCUACGACGAGCAAAACAAGGUCGGCUUCGAGGUUAUGGGCAGAGGUCUCUCGAACCUGACGGAAGCGAUUCUGCCAACGAACUCCACUGCCUGA